AUGAUCUCAGCGAAAUCUACCCGAUCGGAACGUACGACUCUAGUUUCCUAUCAUUUUACUUUUAGCUGCGCCGAAUUCCGCGACCUCCGCAUGACCGGCAACAGUGCCAGUCUCAUUGUGAGCGGUCUGGCGCGUAUUCGAAUUGACAGCAUGGUGGAGAAGGGUCCUCCAAUGAUCGUAAAAGCCUCCAAGCUGCCCUAUCUCAGCGAGAACCUCGAUGAGAUCACGAUGAAGGCGUAUUCGAACGAGCUUCUCAGCUACGUGGAUCUGCUCAUGGCGCAGAAUCCGCUCUACAAGCAGCUCUUCGCGUCCUUCGAGAAGGAAUACAGCGGCUCGCGUGAUCCGCUCUAUCUCGCGAAUUUGGCGGGGUACAUGCCCUUCGCGAAGCGCGAAGACCUCCAAAAGCUGCUGGAAGCGAGCUCGAUGAGCGAGCGUUUGGAUCUGAGCGUGAAAGUGUUCAACGCGGAGCUGCAGUUGAUGCAGCUGCAGAAGGACUUGAAGGCGCGGAUCGAGAAGGCGACGAAGGAGAACGAGCGGAAAUACUUCCUCCACGAGCAGCUGAAGGCGAUCCAGAAGGAGAUGGGCGGCGACAAGGACCCCAAGCAGAACUAUCUCAACAUGGUCAACGCGAAGCUCGAGCAGAUGCGCAAAGACCACGUCUCCCCCGCGGCAAUCGCAGCGGUGGAGGAGGAAGUGCAGCGCCUGUCGUUCAUCGACAUCCAGCACGCGGAGUUCGACACGACGCAGAACUACAUCAACUGGGUGAUCAAUCUGCCGUGGACGCAGCACAGCGAGGACCAGAUGAACAUCCAGUACGCGCAGCAGGUGCUCAACGACGACCACUACGGGCUCAAGGACGUGAAGGACCGCAUUCUCGAGUUCAUCGCCGUGGGGAAGCUGCAGGGACACAUCGCGGGGAAGGUGCUCUGCUUCGUGGGGCCGCCGGGAACCGGGAAGACGUCCAUCGCGAAGAGCAUCGCGCGCGCGCUGGGCCGCGAGUACUGCCAGUUCUCGGUGGGCGGAGCGAACGACGUGGCGCAGAUCAAGGGACAUCGGCGGACGUACAUCGGGUCGCUGCCCGGCAAAAUCAUCUGGUGCAUGAAGAAAGCGAAGGUGAACAACCCGCUGAUUCUCAUCGACGAGGUCGACAAGAUCUCCGCGUCGCGGAACGUGGGGUUCACGGAUGGGCGUAAGGAGCAGGGCGAUCCGGCGAGCGCGCUGCUGGAAGUGCUGGACCCGAACCAGAACAAGGAGUUCUUGGACACCUAUCUGGACAUUCCCUUCGAUCUGAGCAACGUGCUGUUCAUCUGCACCGCCAACGACCUCAGCACCGUUCCCCAGCCUCUUCUGGACCGCAUGGAAGUGAUCCGCGUCAGCGGCUACGACUAUCAGGAGAAGCUCGAGAUCUCCAAGCGCUUUCUCGAUAAGAAGGUCCGCAUCGCCACCGGAUUGGAGCCCGAGCGCCCAACGACGCCGAAGUCGCUCGCGAUCGCCGACGACGCGCUGCAGAGCUUGAUCCGAUGGUACUGCCGCGAGGCGGGCGUUCGCAACCUGGAAAAGAGCAUCGAGAAGAUCUAUCGGAAGGUGGCGAUGCGGCUGGCGACGAUGAGCCAGUCGGAGAUCGAAUCGACGGACUUCACGAUCCACGCGAAGGACUUGGAGCAGUACAUCGGCCAGCGGAUCUUCCUCUCCGAUCGGCUGUACGAGGUCACGCCGCCGGGAGUGGUGAUGGGGCUGGCCUGGACGUCGAUGGGCGGCGCCACGCUGUACAUCGAGAGCCAGACCAUCAGGCCGCAUCCGCUGGACACCACGCUGCCGCCGCUGCGCGAAACGCUUCCAGCGAGUCUGCGGAGCGCCGGUGCGACGAGUUCGAAUGGGACGAGCCCCUCAUCGAGUCAAAAUACUGGUCAAAAUGGUCAAAAUGGUCAAAAUAACGCAUCCAUCAAUCCACCCAAUGGUUCUCUGAAUUCGGAAUUCCCGCUCAUUCAGCCGCAGAAUGCGUCUCUGAUCGCGCCUUCGGAGCCCGCCAAGCCGUCGACCGGGCAUCUCACGAUGACCGGCCAGCUGGGCGACGUGAUGAAGGAGAGCAUCCAGAUCGCCUACCUCAACGCGCGGCGUUGGAUGCAGCGCUUGGCGCGCAGCGACGCUCUGUACGACCGCUUGACGCAGGACUUGCACAUGCAUCUCCCGGAAGGCGCUACGCCGAAGGACGGGCCCAGCGCGGGCUGCGCGAUCACGACGAGUCUGCUGUCGCUGGCGCUGCAGCGACCCGUGCGGCAGGGGCUGGCGAUGACCGGAGAGAUCAGCCUCAAUGGGAAGGUGCUCCCGGUGGGAGGCAUCAAGGAGAAGGUGAUGGCGGCACGAAGAGCCGGCGUGAACGAAAUCAUUCUGCCGAAGGAGAACAGACGCGAUGUGAAUGAGCUGCCAGAAUACAUUAAGGAGAAUCUGACGAUCCAUUACGCGUCGAUGUAUGAAGAUGUGCUGAAGUUUACAGAUUUAUGUCCCGAGGUUUUCGAGAAUUCAGUUAAGGGGUAA